AUGGGCGUCGUCGUCGUCGCGAGCGCGAGCGUGAACGCCGAUGGAACGGGAGGGCCGACGAAGCGCCGCAUGCUCGCCCUUCACGGCAAGGGUGGGAACGCGCGUGCGUUUGCUCGACAGCUCGCCCCUCUGUGUGACGCGACGAGUGAGCACUGGGAGUGGCACUUCGCCGACGGUGGAACGAUCGAACCGAACCCGGGAGGGCGUGGAUGGUGGGCGCUUCGACCGGGCGAGCGCACGUUCAACGCGAGCGAACUCCCGGGCGUUGAGGAUUCGAUCGCAAUGGUGCGAGAGACGGGACCGUGGGCUGGAAUUUUUGGUUUCUCGCAAGGGGCGAUGCUCGCGGCGCUCGUCAUGGCGGAGGACCAAUCCUGCGUCACGGAGUGCGCCAUCAUCGCCGGCGCCGCUUGGCCGACGUGUGUGGCCCACAAGCUUGAGAGAAUGGAGAACGGACAAAUGGACGUAACGCCGACGCGCAGUUUACACAUCAUCGGAGCCUCUGAUGCGAUCAAUCCGCCUGAGCAGGCGCUUCGCGUGGCGCGGGCGUUCGGCUUGAGCGCAAGCGUUCUGAAUCAUGACGGCGGUCACAUCGUGCCGAUGGACGAAAAGUCCAUGGAGCAGUACGUGCAGUUCAUCAAUGCAUCUUAG